AUGAUUAAAAGAAUUUAUUUAAUAAAAUAUGAAUCAAAUUUAGAGCAUGUAGUAGUAGAAAAGUUCAAGGGUUCCAUAAUGAGAAGCUUGGCUUUAUCUAUGAUUCAAAAUUAUAGAGAUCAAGAUAAUAGUGAUCAAGAUUCAAACAUUGGUAAUCGUAAUGAUGAUUCAACUACUGUUGAUAUGAAAUUAGUUUCAGAAGAUUCAGAUAGACUAUAUCAAGCUGGUGAAGCUCAAAGAGGUACCGAUGAAAAACCAUUUAUUGAAAUUUUUACAAAACGUUCUUUUGCUCAUCUCUCAAAACUUGAUUCUUUCUACCAAAAUGCAAAUCCUAAAGGACAUUCAUUAGUCAGAGCUGUCGAAUUAGAAUUUAUCGGUAAUGUAGGUUCGGCACUUUUGGAUAUUUUACUUUAUGCCAAAGAGCCAUAUAGAUAUUGGGCAGAAUGCUUUAAUCGUGCUUUAUCACAUUGGGGUUCUAAAGAGAAUGACUUAACAAGACUUUCAAUUACCCAACAUUACCAAGCCGCCAAUAUCAAACAAGCAUUUUUAUCAUGUUAUAAUCAAAGCCUAGUUUUAAAAAUUUCUAAAAAAACCUCUGGAAAAUAUAAAAAAUUAAUUCUUUUAUUAAUCAAUGUUUAA